UUCAGGGACACAUAUCUAUUUAUUUACAGUAAUGUUAUUUAUUAUAAUAACUGGAAUGUUAUUAACAUGUUAAUAUCAACAUUCAUAUCACAAAAUCUAUUUUAUUAUGAUGCACUUUAGGCUUGAAGAGGUAAAUCAUGCUACCACACGAGUUCUUACAAAGAAACGAAACGAUAAUACGAUGUCGAUUGGAGCAAGUAAAGCUCCUAACUUUAAUAGCCAAAAUAUUGGAUUGAAUAAUUGUACUAGUACUAUGACUUCCAGACUACGAACUAAUGGAACUUCUAUAGGAACUAGUAAUAAUGUUGUUGUCGCUGCAGCGAUUUCAGCUGCUGCUGCUGUAGCUGCAAUGUCAGGUGCUGGAAUUGUCAAUAAAACUAAUACUUUAAGUGGAUUACGUCAUUUGCCAAGUUUGCAUUCUAGUAAUUUGUCAGGAAACAAUUUAGUAUUGGGUCAAAACAAGUCAUCAUCAUUAUCAUUGUCACCAUCCUCUGUAUCUACAGUAACAUCAGCGUCGAUACCGUCGUCGUUAUCGUCAUCGUCAACCUCAUCACCAUCACCUGCAGCUAUAGUCAAUCUUUUGAAAGCUCAACAUCAACAGCAAAAUUUAGCAGCAGCUGCUACAGCUAUUGCUUUACAACAACAUAAUCAAAUGAAUGGUACUAAUAGUCAAAAUAGUCAAGCGAUUCUUGCUGCUCUAAUGCUUCAAAAUCUCAAUAAUCCUAAUCAACUCUUAAAGCAAUCUUUGAAUAAUCUUUCAUUUCCAUUGGAAAAUAUCAUUUCAUCAAAUAUUCCAUUGGCAACUCAAUCACAACAAUCACAGACAACUAUGUUCAAUGGCAAUAAUAACAAUAAUAAUAAUAGUAACAAUAAUAAUAAUACUACUUUUAAUUACCCUUCUAUUACUACUAAUAAUAUGAAUAUGAAUACUAACAGUUCCAGUUUGAAUUCAUUGAAUUUACUUGGACUUACUAAUUCAAGCAUAAAUCAAUCAAAUAUUAACUCUGAUCUAUUAGUAAAUCAACAUCCUCAACAUCUACGUUCUUAUCAAAUGUUGAAACAAACACUUGGAAAUUUAAAUCCAAUUAUUUCAAAUAAUCUUUCACAACAACUUGCCAAUACUCCAUUCUUAACUUCAAAUUUAAAUUUCCCUACUACUACACAACUUAAUUUACCAUCAUUCAUUAAUCAAUCUAAUAAUGUACAAAAUUCAAAUCUUUUCACCUUGUCCUCAUCCCCAUCCACAUCGAAUGGAUCAUUAAUUCCAUUGGGCGCAAAUUUUGAUUUAAAUUCAAAUGAAACAAAAUUAUGGUUAGCUUCAAUGAUUGGUAAUAACACUAAUUAUGUCCAAUCAGAUUUAAACAUGACUAAUAAUAAUAAUAAUAGUCUGACAAAUCAAAUUUAUCAAAUGUACAAAUUAAAUACAAAUUUAAAUGAUACAACCAAAAUGAAUUCUUUAACUAAAACAACAUCGCUGAAUAUGAAUGAAACAAAGAUGAAUAAUUCAUUGAAUACAUUGACCGAUAGUACAAAUAUGGAUAUUUCACAAAUUCAUAAUAUUUCCAAUAAUAAUAAUACUAUUACUAGUACUACUACUACUGCUAAUGAUAUGAACACUAAUGAUAAUCGAAGUAAAUCAAACGAACAUACAGUAACACAAAAUCUUUCUAAUUCAAUCAAUACUUCAAAGAGUGGUGGUAUUUCAAAUUUAACUCCUGUUUUUGCAACACCUGGCGUUACUACACCUACAGAUACCAAUAAUCUAAUGAAUGUUGCUAUAUCCUCUUUGAAUCCAUUCACUAUUGGAUUAACUCCAUUCACUACAAUUCCUUAUAAUAAUUCUAAUUCAUGUUAUCUAAAUGGUACUGGUCCUGCUGCUGCUGCUGCCGCCGCCGCCGCCGGUGUAUUGACUGAUUUAUUUGCCAAUGUCCCAACACAACAACCACAACAACAACAACAAACAUCAUCUUUAUCAAACAAUUCUAAUCUGCUUGGAUUUGGUUCAACUAAUUGUUUAACAAAUUUUUGGCCAAUCAUUCCAUCUAUGCCAAAUCUUACUAUCCCUGCACCUGGUUUAACUACACCAUUGAUAAUUGGCAAUCAAAAUAUUUAUCGUAACACAGCUACUACCAUACCUCGUUUCACUACCUAUUGAAGCUGACAUGAGUAUUAUGGAUGUGCAUUUAAAGAUUUUAUCUUUGGAAAUUGAAUGUUCGUUUUUGGAAACGAAUAAUUUAUGUAUUGGGUAUAUUUAUUCAUUUAUUUUGAAAUCUAUUUAUUCAUGACCAUUUUAGAUCAAACUUAUUUCAUUUUUCUUCUUCUUCUUGUUGUUGUUGUUAGUUUUUAGCAUGUUAAAUAUCAUCUAAUUGAUUCAUUAAAACAAAAUUAACUUAUAUAUUCUUUGUGAUACACACACACACACACUCUCUCUCUAUAAACUUGUUAUUUAUUAGUUAUUUAUUUAAAAUGUUACUUGAUUGUAUUUAUUGUAUUUCUUUUGAAUUUUUAUUGAUUUAUAUUGAUGAAUUGAAAAUAAAAUCAUUGUCUUCACAAACUUUGAUAUGGUUGUUAUAAAUAAUCAUAUAUUUACUAAAAUUUUCCUACUUUCAAUAAUUUCAUUUUAUUUUGAAGUAAACUGUAUACCACCUACUUAUUGAAUUAUGAAUUUUUUUUCUUUCUUUCAAUAACUAACUCAUUAAAUUUUAAUUAAAAUGAGCUAAAAAUGGAAAAAAUUAAUUUGUUUUAUACACUUUAGAAUUGUGUUCUUCAUUUUUAAAUUUCAUGUUAUUGUGAUUGGUUUACGAUGAUGAAUCAGUAUUAUU